AUGAAAAACGAUAGCCAUUAAGCUUUGGAUUUAAAAGAAGAAGAUCUGAAGUAUUUCACUUACAAUGUGCAAUAUAAAAAGGUAAAAGCUCAUAUAUUUUAAUAUUCACUAAAGUAUACAUGUGUGCUAACUGGUCAUGAUCUGCUAGCAGAUUAAGUCAAAAGUUAUGUCGAAACUAAUGCUAAAUACCAACACGCUAAAAUGAAUCAGGGCUUUGACUAUAAGACUUUAAGUAAAUAUUUAGUAGAACAUAAACGAAAGAAAAGCAUGUUAAUGGAAAAAGUUUCAAGUCUAAACUAUGUAGAAAUUUUCACUAACUAACAAACUUAACUAGAUUAGCAAUGGAAGAAAGGAAUGCUUCAGAAAAGAAAGAAGUUGAUUGCCAAGUUAAAGACACUGCGAUUAAAAAAGGUGUUGGAUUUCAACAGGUUUUUGUAUGGAAAUUAUCUACUCAAGAAUAAAUAUGCCCAGCUUAAAAGAAUUACCAGAAUGACUAUUCUUACAAUGAGACCAUGA